CAUAAUGUAAGAGAGAGAAACAGAAACACAAACACCGCACCACACCGUAUCAUAUCCAUUCCAUAUCACUCCUUACGCUUUCUUUUCUUUUCUUCCAAAUUCUCUUUCUUUUAACCUAACCCUACAAUUAUCACCCUCUCAACACACCAUUAACACAAACACAAUUUCCUCUCACCCUAGAUCUCUUCCCUCUUCCAUUUUCCAUAUUACUCCGUUAUGUCUCGUUUCGAUUCAUCAAUUACGGUUAUGUAUGGCAUUUAGUGGUUUCCCUUUUUUGAAUUAGGGCUUCGGUUAGCUUAGACUUCAUCGUCUUGAAUGGAACCUCGUGUUGGGAAUAAGUUUCGCCUGGGUCGGAAGAUCGGCAGCGGCUCCUUUGGGGAGAUCUAUUUAGGUACUAAUAUUCAAACUAAUGAAGAGGUCGCAAUUAAGCUUGUAAGUCUUCUUAAUCAAUUGGGUUUUGGAUUUGUUCCAUUUUCAGUAAUUUUUUAUUAAUUUUUUAAAACAUGCGUUGCCUUCGUUCGUUUCUCUGAAGUCUGGAAUAGACGACAAAUUGUGAGUUUUGCAUAUGCCUGCUAAUUUCUGCUAUGAAUCAAUCUGAAUUAUGAAAUUGCUGUCUUGGAAAGAUGGUUUCCUGCGCAUGUGGUUGUGAAAUUUGGUUCUGAGUUGUAGUUUUAUCCGGCAUUCUUAAUGACCUCGUUGUAUACUUGCAUUCUAGAUGUCUAGCAUCUUCAUCGAGCUUAUUCCUGAUUCCUUAUUUCUUGGAGGGUGACAUAGUGCUCUUAGAGGAUGCAUGUGAAAGACAUUUGGCCGUUUAGAAAGCAUUUUACUUAGAGCUUUGAAGAGACCCUAGGCUGGAAACAAAAUUGUAUAUAUAAUAUUAGAGUGAGGUUGUGAUAGGCAAUUGUUUAGCCAGCACAAAACUUUGUGAAAUUGUAUCACAUGGAUAGGUGAAAUAAUUAUGCUAAGAAUAGGUUGUAUCCAAUAAUUACUAUGCUCUGUGGAUCGAGUACAAUGUUAGAUGAGCUAGAGCUGCUAGAUUGAUGGAUAUAUGUACUUUAAAAGUACUAACAUUUUCUUCAGCUACAUAUUUGCUUUUCCCUGCCUCUUCAAGUUUGCUGCACUAUUUUGAAGGUUUUGGGUUGGGGAUUGGAUUGGAAACAGUGGCAUACUAAUAUGGCUUAAAAUUAUGUCGUGGGAAUUUUCUUUUGAUAAGUUGUUAAAUCAGUGUUUCAACUUGAGCUUCUAGUUUUGGAAUUUGCAUUUUCUUGAGUAGCCACUAAAUUAUUGCAUUAGAGAUGAUUUACUUGUUCUUCCUUUCUGUUCCUUGCUGUGCUUUUAAAUUAGGAAAAUGUCAAGACAAAGCAUCCUCAAUUACUGUACGAGUCCAAGUUGUACAGAAUUCUCCAGGGAGGAAUCUGGUUAUGGCAGCUGGAAUUCCAAAUGUCAGAUGGUUUGGAGUGGAGGGAGAUUACAAUGUUUUAGUGAUGGACCUGCUUGGGCCGAGUCUUGAAGAUCUAUUUAACUUCUGUAGUAGAAAGCUAUCACUAAAGACUGUUCUCAUGCUUGCUGAUCAAAUGAUCAACCGUGUUGAGUUCAUUCAUUCUAAGUCAUUUUUACAUCGGGAUAUCAAACCAGAUAAUUUUCUGAUGGGGUUAGGAAGGCGUGCAAACCAGGUUUAUGCUAUUGAUUUUGGAUUGGCUAAGAAAUACAGAGAUAGUUCAACCCAUCAACACAUUCCAUACAGGGAAAAUAAGAAUUUGACUGGAACUGCAAGAUAUGCUAGCAUGAAUACUCACCUUGGCAUUGAGCAAAGCCGGAGAGAUGAUCUAGAGUCACUUGGUUAUGUUUUAAUGUACUUCCUAAGAGGAAGUCUUCCUUGGCAGGGACUUAAAGCAGGAACAAAGAAACAGAAAUAUGAGAAAAUCAGUGAGAAAAAGGUUUCUACCUCAAUUGAAGCCUUGUGUCGAGGUUAUCCAUCAGAAUUUGCAUCUUACUUCCAUUACUGCCGCUCAUUAAGGUUUGAUGAUAAGCCAGAUUAUGCUUACCUCAAAAGGAUAUUUCGUGACCUGUUCAUUCGCGAAGGAUUCCAGUUUGAUUAUGUGUUUGACUGGACCAUUUUGAAGUAUCAGCAAUCACAGCUAGCCACUCCCCCAGCACGGGCUAUUGGCCCUAGUGCUGGAACCAGUUCUGGAAUGCCACCAGCUGUUACUAGUGCUGAUAGACCUACAGGAGGGGAAGAAGGACGACCUCCUGCUUUGGUUUCAGUGGAUUCCUCAAGGCGCAGAAUGUCAGGGCCCAUUUUAAAUACUUUAUCAAGUGCCAAUGUUUUGGGUCAGUCAAGUGGAUCAUCAAGGCGGGUUGCUGUUUCUAGUAGCCGUGAUGCAUUUGUUGGUGCUGAGUCAGAUGUUCGUACUCGUGCUGCUGAGGCUAGCCCUGGAGCAGCACACAGAGGUUUGAGUGGACAAAGAAGUUCACCAAUUGGAUCUUCUGAUCCCAAGAGAGUAGUUUCAUCUGCAAGAAAUGCUUCUCAUGUAAAAAAUUAUGACACUGCACUUAGGGGCAUGGAGGGCUUGCAGUUAGAGAAUGAUGAGAGGGCUCAUUAUUAAUUUCUCACCUUCUCACCUAGUGAAUUUGUGAGUUGAUAGGCACUCAAAGUUGCUUAUGUUACUGAGUUGAGCUGUGAGGAAAUUUGGAUCUGAACAUGAAAUUCUGGGUUUGUAUUCUUAACUCAUCUGCUCAAACCGAUGAAGCUGAGAAGCUGAAAUAAUUUGAGUUUAAACCAGGGAUUGUGCUUGCUGUAAAGCUCAGGUUUAAUUGGCACUCUUCGCCUCUGGCUGGAACUCCUAUGUUUUAUAAGAUCUUUUCCUGUGAGUUAUUAUAUUGGUUUACCAGACGUUUACAGUUUCACGUGGACCGUAAAUGUCAAAACUAUCAAAUACCAGCAAAAAUGUAAUUAGUCAUUGUACUCUUGUUGGAUAAGCUUCCCUUAGUUUCCACGGUGUAAGUGUCUGGAAAUUAUUUUGGUAUUAGGAAUUUGGAAUGUUCAACCUUGUGAGUUCCCUAUCAAAGCUGAAAUCAACAGUAUCUCUAGUUUUUCCUUGUUAUACGUCACAAUAAACUUGUUUGCAUUUUAUUUCGAUCUUUGAAAAUGUUUUCAUUAAAUUGGGUUGAUC